GACAUUUCCAUUUUACAAAAAAAAAAUACGACCUCUUUGCGUGGUUGGCUGAUAAAUUCUUUCUUUUAAAUUUUAUCAAAAAUAAUUAAUUCAAAAUGAAAUUAGAGGUCCUUCCAUCUCCUGAAAUUGCCAACUUAAUUCACGAUGUUAAAGUCGAAAAAAUAGUUGGUUCCUACAAUAUUACAAUAAAAACUUUAAAAAUCUUCAAACAAAUAAUAAAUGGUCAAGAUUGGCAACAUGCUGAAGGUCUCAUGAAAACCAUUCGAGCUCAGGCAAAAGUUCUUGUUUCUGCUUUGCCACAAGAAGCUGUCACUGCAAAUAUUGCCCGACGAAUGUUAAAGUUAAUUCGUGAAGAAUUUGUUGCUCUUAAAGCUAAGGUUCAAUAUUGUGACGAUUCGCAAGCAUCUUUAUCACUUCACAAACUUAUAACUCAAACUAGUGAAAUUGACGUCGAUAAAGAUUAUUCACAACCACAAGAAGGUUUGCGUGAGGCAUUGCUUGAUCAUUUACAAGAAAUCGAAAUCGAAUUGGAAACUAGCGCUGAAAAUAUUUCAACUCAAGCCGAAGAACAUAUUCAUUCGUCGGAGGUUAUUCUUACACUUGGUCAUUCGAGAUGUGUGGAGAAUUUUCUUAAGCGAGCUGCUAAAAAGCGACAAUAUUUAACUGUUAUCGUAGCCGAAUGUGCUCCAUCAUGUCGUGGUCACGACCUCGCAUCCAAUUUAGCGGCCGGAAAUGUUGAAAUUGUUGUCAUCCCUGACUCGGCCGUCUUUGCAAUGAUGUCUCGCGUCAAUAAGGUUAUAAUUGGAACACACAGUGUUUUAGCUAAUGGAGGAUUAAGAGCAGCAUGUGGUGCUCACACCGUUGCUCUUGCUGCCAAGCAUUACUCCGUUCCUGUAAUUGUGCUGGCUCCCAUGUAUAAGCUUUCCCCAGUUCAUCGUUGCUCAUACGAAGCUGAUGCGUUCAACUUAGUUGGAUGUGCUGAAGGUGUGAUACCCUAUGACUCGCUGGCAUCUAGGUUUGCCAAAGUCUAUAGUCCCAUUUUUGACUAUGUCCCGCCAGAACUAGUUACACUUUUCAUAUCUAACAUGGGUGGACAUGCACCGUCUUAUGUCUAUCGAUUGCUGACAGAAUUAUACCAUCCAGAAGAUUAUGAAAUUUAAAUUGACACAGAUAACAUCGAAAAUAAAAAAUAAAAGAAAGAAUGAAAGGUUUUCCGUUUUACAAAUUGAAGAAGUGUUGAUUGUACGGCGUUGAUUGGUUUCCUAGUGAAUUGGUCUUUGUACACUUGGUGUUUCUUUUUUUUAACUUAUAUUCUGUCGUUAUUUUUAUGUUUGAUUGAAAUAAUCCAAUUAAUAUUCGAACAAAUGGUCUGCAAAGUAUUCAAGCUAUUGGCAAGUUUGUUUUCAGUUAUAUUUUCAAUUCUAAUCGAGCCGGUUUUGUAUUUUCUUUCGUCUAACCACAUCGGUUGUUUUUAAACGUAAUUUAAAACGCAAUUUAAAAAAAAAGAAGUGUUUUAGAUGUGACAACUGUCGCCAUUCUUGGAUUUUACUUAAGGAUUAACGUUCAUUAAGAGGAUAUAUUUUAAAGAAUGUGCUAUUGUUUGGUGAUUGAAAUGAGUGUGGCAUAACCGCAAGCAACCUUUUUAAAACAACUGCAUAUUUAACCUUUCAACAUUUAAACGAUAUGGAUUUUUUUUAUUUUAUAAUUCUAUUAACGUAAAGGGAGCAAUUAAAACUACAAUGUAUUAUAUAUUUCUGCAAUAAUUUCUUGUAAGAAAUAAGUCUGCAAAAAGAAUUCUUGCCAAUUACGCUAAAUAAAUUCUACAUUUGGCUUAAUCUUACUAGCAACAAAAGUAUUUUGU